AUGGUUCACUAUGCAUAUGGCCCCUAUUUCGAUACGAAAUCCAAGCAAGUAAAAAACAGGAAUACUCAAUCGAAACUUAAGUUCUGUGCCACAAAGUUUGUGGACUUUUGCAAGAGAACUGAUCUUCAUGGCUUCAAGUAUAUUGUAAUGGAAGAAUUGAACGGGAUUGAGAGAGGCUGUUGGGCAUUUGCUGUGUUUUUAAGCAUCAUAUGCGCCGUAUUUUUCGUCAUAACAGCUUAUAAAUGGUACGCCACGAACCCUAUUGUCACGGUCAUAGAGAGCACACAAGGAGCAAUCUGGGAUAUACCGUUUCCAGCUGUGACCAUCUGUGAUCUAAAUCUAAUUUCUCAUAGAGCAGCGGUCUCCUUCGUUAGCAAUCUGUCACUACCAGCUGAAAUAAACGAAGACAUUAUCUUGAAAGCAUUGCGUUUUGCUCCAUUAAUUCAUACCUCCAACGUUGUUACAAGUGAACAGAAAAAAGAUCUGCUAAUGCUGCAAGACAUCUUGGAUUUAAAUAAUAUUACUAUUGAUUCAUUAUUUUACCAGUUAUCACCGGCAUCGUCGUGCAACAACUUGCUACACCGCUGUAUGUGGAAGAAUACUCUUUACGCAUGCGAUCAACUGUUCCAACAAAUAAUUACGCCAUUAGGUGUUUGCUGUACCUUCAACUAUUACGCCGUAGACGCAGCAGAAGCCAGUUAUAAAUCUGACAUCAACUACUUGCCGAAUCCACGUCGUGUCGCAUCAUGCGGUUAUGGGACUGCUCUUACAGUUAUGAUUCACAUCGACACCGAUGAUUACUUUAGUACCAGCGUACCAUCUAGUGGCGCAGUGGUGCUUAUCGACAAUCCAUACAACAUGCCUAACAUGGAUUCGCCAAUCUCUCUAGUAAAUCCAUCUACGGAGGUUAUGAUAGGGCUUUCUCCUGAACGCACAUACACCACAUCUGGAGUCAAAUCUUUCAGUCCAGACGAGAGGCAAUGUUACUACUAUGACGAGGUCAAGCUUGGCGAGUUCCGACACUACUCCUUUCACAAUUGUAUAGCUUUGCAAAACGCUGACAUAAUCAAAAGGGCUUGUAACUGUACGCCAUACUUUUUUCCGUUUAAGAAACAAGAAUUCGUUCGUAUAUGCAACUUACGCGAUGUAGAUUGCCUUGAAGGAAUUUCAAUGCCAAAAGACGAUUUGGGGUUACGAGAAACAAUUGAUAACCUGUCGUACAAAUGUUUGCCUGAAUGCGAGCAUUUCGAUUAUCCAUUGGAGGUGGCUGUAGGGAACCUCGCUACGAACUUGCCUUUAAAUGGACUAUCAUUUUUUAACGUCGUCGACUUGGAAAACCAGUCCGUGCUAAACGUAUUUUUCGACGAUCUAGUAUCGACACGCUAUCGCCGUGAUGUUUAUUUCAACUGGCAAAAUUUACUUGCUGCAUUUGGGGGACUGCUCAGUCUAAUGCUUGGCUUCACGUUGAUAUCCGGCUUCGACUUCGUGAUUUUCUUUGGAUUCAAAGUAAUUUUCGACUCCACAACGAGGGUACUUCCAGGUGGGAAAAAAUCAAAGAAGAAACGUAAGCGAAACGGAGGUUCGAUAAUACUAGUGCAAGAGACACAUAAGAAAGCCAUAAAAGAAAACAACUCGGUCAAGGAUAUUGGCAUGUGGCGUACAGAGUUACAUAAACAACAAAAAUACUAA